AAGGGGGGUGAGGCACCAGAACUGCCAUUCGAAGGGGCUUUGGUGGUGCUCACAGCUGCCUCUCGGGCACCUCCUUCUGAGCCGGAGUCAGUGAGGCCCCUGAGUCUUGGACCGGCCUCCUGCCACCACCAUCCGACCUGCUCGGCCAGAAGCUGCCCAGGGAGAAAGAAGAACGCAGGUCGUUUAUCUCCGGGCUUUGAGAUCUGCGUAGGGGAGCUGUUGCAGCAGCCCAAGCCGGAAGAGCUGAGACAGAAUGGCGUGGCAGGGGCUGGUGCUGGCUGCUUGCCUCCUCGUGCUCCCCUCCGCCACAGCGGACUGCCUGUCCGGCUGCUCUUUGUGUGCUGUGAAGACCCAACAUGGACCCAAACCCAUCAACCCCCUGAUUUGCUCCUUGGAAUGCCAGGCCACCCUGCUGCCAGCUGAGGAGUGGGAGAGAUGCCAGGGCCUUCUGUCUUUUCCCAGCCCCUUCACCCUCGGGCUCAGUGGCAAGGAAGAUUUGGAGAGCUGGCCAACUUUGGAAGAGCCCUAUCGUGAGCUGGCCAAGCGCAUGGGGCCCUUCUUGAAGAAGCUGGAGGAAAACAGACUCCUCCUCAGCACCCCAGCGGAGGAGAAUGCUCUGAGCAGGAGCCUGGUGGAGAAACUCAGGGGUCUCUCUGGCAAGCUGGGGGAGGGUGUGGAGUCUGAGCUGAUGGGAGAUGCCCAGCCAAACGAUGGUGCCAUGGAGGCUGGAGCACUGGAUUCUGAUGAGGAGGAGCCCAAGGAGCAGGUCAAACGCUAUGGGGGAUUUUUGCGUAAAUAUCCCAAGAGGAGCUCAGAGGUGGCUGGCGAGGGGGAUGUGGAUGCCGAUAGGGUGGGCCAUGAGGACCUGUAUAAACGCUAUGGGGGCUUCUUGAGGCGCAUCCGUCCCAAGCUCAAGUGGGACAACCAGAAGCGCUAUGGUGGUUUUCUCCGGCGCCAGUUCAAGGUGGUUACUCGGUCUCAGGAAGACCCCAAUGCCUACUCCGGAGAGAUUUUUGAUGCAUAAAUCCCUCCCCAUCGUGGAGUUGAGUCAGGAGCUUCCCCUCAACCCUUCCAGACUGGAGUGCACUCAUUCAUCUUCCCCUGUGUCCCCCGGCUCCAUGCACAGUUCAGCAUUGUCUACGCAACAUCCAAACCCAGCCUGCUUGGGGUGCAGUGUUUGUGUGAGGUCAGUGAGGGGGAAGGAUGGAGUCCAGUAGACUUAGUGCUUGGCUCAGACCCCAGACCUCUAAAACUACCACCAGCAGCAGCUUUUGAUAUCAAUCCUCCACCCCAUGCAUAUGACUCCCCAAUUCCAGAAAUUUGGACUGACUUGUUCUUCAUCCCUCUGGAUCUGUGAUCGCCAAACUUUACUGAUCACGUGCCCCUCUCAGAAGGAAAAUGAGCAUAUCCCCUGCUGUGCAGGUAUAUUCAUCUAGAUAGCAUAUACAUAUAUCAUUAUACAUACAAAUGGUAGAAAGUUAAACCCAAGACAGAUAAAUGAAUAGGAAUCCUAACAUUUUAUUCCUAAACCUCAAAGGAUCUCUUUGUGCACCCCACUUUGGAGACCAUGCUUUAGGUAAAAAGCUCAAACGUUGCCUUUUAUUGGAGCAGGAAUUCCUACUAGUCUUCUAGUGGGUUGAAUGGUCAGUUACUGUGGUCUGACUUCUCAUAGCGUAGAAACACAUGUCUUGAAGAGCGGAGUUCCUGGACUCCAGUUCAUGUUGGUACCCUGGACAGCGCCCAACUCCUCACCGGAGAGAAGGGCGUGAAAAUGCCUCUCCUAAAUGGUUAAUGAGAGCAGUUCUCCCUGUGAAUGCUGGAACGAUCAAGGAGGGAGCAAGGCAAACCAAUUUUCUCUGUGCAACAAACUCAAAAUGUGGACCAGUUCCCUCAGCCCUCAUUAAGCUAAUUAAACUGAUGGGUAUCACUCUCCUACCCCAGGAUGAACUGAAGCUAAGUCAAGUUGAUGAGGUUAAGCACAACCAUGUUCUUGAGCAGCUGAAUUGGCCGCCAAGAGUCCAAGCCAUCUGGUCAAACAUAUGCAGUGGGCAUUGGGUAAGGGAAUCCAGAAGCAACAGCUAGAAAGAGAAAAAGAUGCUCUUCAACCCCCAGCAUGAUUCUUUCCUCUUAAUAUCUCAAAAUAAAACCAGAAAGAGGAAUGAAAUGAUUAAGUGCUUGAGGCUGAAUGAGUUCCCUUGAUUCAAAUAACCCAGAAUCAGAGGCAGAGACCUCCCGAUGCCUUGGUUUCAAUCAAAGCCCCCUCCCCCUGCCCCCCGUAUCUCUGUCUCUGUCUCUCUUGCUGACUCGUCCCUAGGAACUACGGUUUGGUUUGUGGAUCCAGAAGCCUGGGCUGGAUAAGAGAGAAAAUACCCUUGGCUUUGGUUAAUUUGUACGAGAUGCUACCAAGCACACCUCUUCCUGCACAAACCCCAGAUCUCUCAUGAUGUUUUGAAAUGUAUAAGUUGUUUUAGGGUUGUUUUGUGUGCUUUUAAAAAUUCCACUUACGCAAAUUACUUGGAAUUUGCUUAGUCCUCAAUAGGCCUGUAUUAUUUCCUACUCCUCCAGUAUAAUAAAUAAAAGAAAGAAGC